AUGCCACAUGGUACAACAGUGCAGUACUUGAGCUUAAGACAGGACAUAUUAAUUAAGGCUUGUGAAAAAGUCUUGGGGAACAUAGCCAUGUUGGCCUUUUCUUCUCCUCUGUCAUUUCCCAGCUCUUUCUGGCCUUUAGAAGAAUCCAUUAGACAUGAAGAAUUCAACACUGAUGUGUACAGAGAUGACAUGACUUUCCUUGACCCACAUGGAAGCUGUGAAUCUUUGAAGUUUUCAGAGAGUAAUGGUGCUGCCAUGGAGAUCAAGAAGCUCAGUCAUAAUGCCAGUGAACGUGACCGGAGAAAAAGAAUCAACGCCCUCUACUCUUCUCUCCGUUCCCUCCUCCCCGCCUCAGAUCAAUCGAAGAAAUUAAGUAUUCCAGCCACGAUAACGCGUGUUCUGAAGUACAUACCGGAGCUGCAGAAACAAGUGGAGAGGCUGCAGCAGAAGAAGGAAGAACUGGGUUCAAGAAUUUCCAGGCAAGAGAGUUCAUCUGCAGAGUUCAACAAGAGAAGAAGGGUGGAAACCCAGAGCUCCAUAGCAGCUGUUUCAGUGACCCGAGUAGGCGAAAGACAAGUCGUAAUUCAUCUGUGCACCAACAAUGGCAGCAAGGUCUCAUUUGCAGAUGCAAUCUCAUGUCUAGAGAAAGAGGGAAUGGCUCUAACAGAUUCUUCUUCUUUUCAAACUGUUGAACACAGGGUUUUCUGCACCUUCCAUCUUCAGAUGAAUGGCACUCCAGGGAUGGAAGUUGAUGAGCUAAAGGAGAAGCUAUUGUCAUGUUUUGAGGAGAAGGAAGAGAACUUCUAGCUUUAAACUGAUAGAUGCUAAUGUAUUCACAAUCAUCCUAAGAGACACACCUUAAUAAUGUACUUACAAUUAACAUAUUAUGUGUUGUAGGUGUAUGUUAACUGUAUAUUAUGUGCAUGUUAACUGCAACACAUAAUAUGUUAACUGCAAGCAUAUA